ACGCUUUACAUACUUUCCCGCCACACAAGGCUCUCCCUUUCACAAUUUCGCAGUUCAUUUUUUUUUGUGCGAAGAAAAUGGCUUCCGCAUCCUCCAAAACCCUAACCGAUUUUUUCAACCGAGCUCCCAAACGCUUGAAACCAACUCUCACCACUAUCUGCAAAUCCGAAGAUAACACCAAUGCCUCCUCCACCCUCUCGAUCGACCAAAAAUUGCGCAUCGAAUACAAUAAGAGCCUCGCUCUCUCCAAAAGAAACCUCAAAAUCUGCACAGAAAGGGUUUCCAAACACAAAGAAUCUUCAGUUGCGGGAUGCGUGAAACUAGAAGAGUUGCUUGUGGAGGAGUCGUGGUUGGAGGCUUUAUCUGGAGAAUUUCAGAAAUCAUAUGUGGUUAAUCUUUCGAAAUUUGUUGAAACGGAGAUUUGUUCUGCUAGAGAUGAUUCUGUGUAUCCUCCUCAGCAUUUGAUUUUCAAUGCUCUUAACACUACUCCUUUUCAUUCUGUUAAGGCUGUGAUACUUGGCCAGGAUCCUUAUCAUGGACCUGGUCAAGCAAUGGGGCUUUCGUUCUCUGUACCCGAGGGAAUCAAAGUUCCAUCUAGUUUGGUAAAUAUAUUUAAGGAGCUUAAGCAAGAUCUUGGCUGUUCAAUUCCAUCUCAGGGUAAUCUUGAAAAAUGGGCUGUGCAGGGUGUUCUCUUACUCAAUGCUGUUCUCACAGUCAGGAAACACCAAGCAAAUUCUCAUGCAAAAAAAGGCUGGGAACAAUUUACUGACGCCGUUAUCAAAACAAUCUCGCAGAAGAAGGAAGGGGUUGUGUUUCUGUUGUGGGGAAAGUCUGCUCAGGAGAAACUUAGGUUAAUUGAUGUAACCAAGCAUCACAUUCUAAAAGCUGCACAUCCUUCUGGUUUAUCGGCACACAGAGGCUUCUUUGGCUGCAAGUAAGGCACUUCUCUCAAACUAACCUGCAUUUAAAGAAAAUGGGGAUAAGUCCCAUAGAUUGGCAGCUAUAAUUUAUAGGCAGGAUUCAAGUGCUUUUUGAGCCUGUUAUCCUUGGUGUAUAGAUAAUUAUGUGGAUUGCAGAUCAACCAAGGAAAGAGGUGCUUUUGUUGAUAGUUCGGCCCUGUAGUGUUGUUACCUUCAUGUUUUGCAGUCCUGACCAAUACUUUAUACUAGUAACAUUUGGCAUGAGGAUGUUUUCGGAUCCUAAAUUGAUUUUGUGUACCUCUCUCUGUCAACUGACAGUAUAUUUAUGGUGGAGAUUUAAAAGGUAUCAUCAAAGUGUGGUCUUCAACAAAAUGUAUUGUGAUGAUUUAAAUGGACUAUGUCGCAUGAGAUCCAUUUCCUAUGUUGGAUAUAUUCUUCAAUUGCACUUA